GCGCAGCAACCCUUUCACUUAAAAGCGAACUUAGCACCGUCAGUGACUAGCUGAUUACUUGGCUAGCUACUGUGCAAAGUCUCUCUACAUGUGUUUGCCGGCACACUUCCUUUAAAUAUUCUGUACAGCUGACUGCUUCUUAAAGAGAAGUUCAUUCUUAUCAUGUUUCCUGCUUAGCUUUUUUGGUUUUAUUCUUCAUUUCAGGUAACUUAGGUGACAAUGGGGGUGAAAGACCGCCCUCAGUGUUACUUUGAUGUGGAGCUCAACCGGGAGCCAGUUGGACGCAUUGUCUUUCAACUGUUUUCGGACGUUUGUCCCAAGACAAGCAAAAACUUUCUGUGUUUGUGCACUGGUGAAAAGGGAACUGGUAAACUCACCGGGAAAAAGCUGUGCUUCAAAGGCUCCACCUUUCACAGAGUGGUAAAGAACUUUAUGGUCCAGGGAGGCGACUUCACCGAAGGAAAUGGAAGAGGAGGGGAGUCGAUAUACGGCGGCUACUUUGAAGAUGAGAACUUCCUUCUCAAACACGACAAAGCGUACCUGCUGUCGAUGGCCAACCGCGGGAAGGACACCAACGGCUCUCAGUUCUUCAUCACAACCAAGAUGGCGCCUCAUCUCGACGGAGUCCACGUCGUCUUCGGCUCGAUCAUCUCUGGUUUUGAGGUGAUAAAGAAGGUGGAGGGGCUGAAGACUGAUUCUUCCAGCAGACCCUACGCUGACGUGAGAGUGAUGGACUGCGGACAGCUCUUCACCAAGUCCGCUAACGACGUUCUCGAAGGAAAGAGGAAGAGAAGCUCCCACUCUGCCGACUCGUCCGUCUCUUCCCACGACUCGUCCUCUCAGUACUCCUCAUCUGAAAAUGAAUCGGAUGAAAAGCACAAACAUCACAAGCACAAGAGACAUGCAAAGAGUAAACGCUCCAAACGGAGAAGAAGGGAAUCAAAGCAGAAGGAGAGCGUUGAUGUUCUUCCCUCCAAUCAAAGCUCUCCCAGUCCUGUGGAGGAAGAGGUGCUGGAGGUGGAGGUAGAGGUGGAGGUGGAGCAGAGCGGGAGGAGAGAGAAGCUCACAGUGCGACCGGAGGAGAUCCCCCCUGUGCCGGAGAACCGUUUCCUGCUGCGACGGGAUGUGCCGCCUCAGGACGUGAAGGCGGAGAUUGUGGAAACAGAAGAAACGUGUCCUUUAACUGACCCGAAACCAUCAGUCUCAAAGUCUGGACGGAAGAUUAAAGGCAGAGGAACAAUGAGAUAUCACACCCCGACGAUGUCUAAGUCUCGCUCUGCGUCAGUGGAGGAACGUGGCAGCAGUGAGACUCCGCCACACUGGAAAGAGGAGAUGAAGAGAACCAAAGUGUACCAACCUCCGAGCAUCGAGAGGUGGAGCAAAGGAGACAAAUUGAAUGACCAUUCCUCAAGCAGAUGGGAGAACAAGAGUGACUCUGCGUGGUCCCGGUCCGCAGAUCACUCCUCGGACCGCGGCUCGGAGAGAUCGAGCCUGCAGCGCCAACCGAAGAAAGUGAAGAAGAAAUCCAAACACAAGAAGAAGUCCAAGAAAGGGAAACACGGGAAGAAGAAGAGCUCAAAGAACAAACCUCCAGAGCCUCUCCCUACCGUGAGUGAAACGCCGGUGUCUUCAGAGAGGAAGUCCAAGAGAUCCCGGUCGUCUUCAAACCAGCGGGACUCCUCAACUCAGAGGAAGCUACGGUCCUCGCUUUCAUUUAGAGACUCAAGAUCCUACUCUAGAUCGUCCUACAGCCAGUCCAGAUCCAGAGGAAGGUCUUACUCGAGAUCCAGAAGCCUUUCGAGGUCUUUGUCUAGAUCCAGAUCUCGUUCCUAUUCUCGAUCCAGGUCAAGAUCCAGGUACAGAUCUUCGUCCAGGAAGAAUAGUUUAUCCCCGAGAAAGAGGAAAGGUAGUAAGCCCAAAGCGGCCGCCAUGAUGCCCGAGAAGCUUCCAGACAGCAAAGCCCCGCCUCUUCCCAGACUCCCAAGUGUCCCGGCUUCAGAAAGUACCCCCGUGAUCCCGAUGAGCGACAGCCCCCCGCCGUCACGCUGGAAACCCGGUCAGAAGCCCUGGAAGCCGUCUUACGUCCAGGAGGUUAAAGAAAAAGCAGCUCUCGGCUCUUCGUCUGGACCAACUGUAGCCAGCGUUACAGAAAAAGCUCAGACGGCCGUUACACCGAAGUGUCUGUUGGUUGACUCUGAAGUCCACAAACGCAGCAGGUCUUACAGUCGCUCCAGGAGCAGGAGUUACAGCAGGUCCUCCUCCUACAGCGGAUCGGACUCUGAAACCUCCCAGAAAGCGCCAAGCAACAAAAGAAACUCACUGGACAAGGAAUGGAAAGAGUAUUACAGCUCCCUGAAGAGGGUCAAAAACGUAGAUAAGUACAUUUCACACGCAAGCAGUCAAGAUGCCAAGUCAGGGUCGAAUAGUCCGGAUGUCUCAAAGAGAUCACAGGAUCAAGAAGGGAAGCAGUUCAGCUCAAUGCCUGCUGAGAGCUUUAACAGUAGGUCUGAAUGGGACAGUGACACUGAGAGAGGGGGCAACAGUGGGGCUCGGACAAAAAAGCAGAAACGAGCAGUUCAGUCCAGAGGAGUUCUCGAUAAGAAGUCGUCCGCAUGGAAUUCGGAAAGUGAUUCGGAUCAUGUGACCGCCAGGAAUUUGGCUAUAUCUGAGAAAGAGGAAGGGGAAGCUAGUUCAGAAUCAGAGUUUGAGACCUCCAGGAAAGCUUCUGAAGAAGUGUCUGCACCAAAGAUCACCAAGGCUGCUGCUGCUAAAGGUCCCGAGGAGGUCGCAGAGAAACACAAGAGCAAGAAGAAAUCCAAGCGUAAGCGAAAACACAAGCGGCGGCGCGAGAGCAGAAAGGAAAAAGGAAAGAGAUCCAAGAGGAAACACCAGAAGCUCAAAGAGACUUUCCACUGGCAGCCUCCUCUGGAGUUCGGAGAGGAGGAGGACGAGGAUGAGUCCAAACGAGAGAAACAAAGUCCUGGGAGAGUUCUCAAAGAAAAGCCUGUUGUGGAAAAAAUAACCUCUAACCCUAAAGAGGAAAAGAUUAGGGUCCAACAGAGAGCGAAGGAAUGUAUCAACAAGAACUCAAAACACACGGAGUCUCUUCUUCAGCCGUCCAACAGGAACGGAGCUGAUGUACCCAUCGUCAAACAGCAGGAGUCUUUGGACGAUAUGGACAUCUGUACGCCAGAGCAUGACGCUGAGAUUGUACAACCAACAGAUCUUUCUAAUAAUGCACCUGAAUUCAUCCUAAAACCUACCUCAACAAUUUCAGAUAACGCUUCACCUCAAAGCAAAGACCCUUCUGUGCCCUCCUCUGCUGGCCUGCAAGAUGAAACCCCCGGAAAACCUCCCGUCAUUAACUUCAAAUGGAGGCCUUUGAAAGGAACGUCAGCCCCACAGAACGUCAACAUGGCGCCCGUCAGCGUAGUGAACGUCCAGGAGGUCCAGAACGCCUCGGCGCUGGGAGUGAAGAUGGAGAUAAAGAGUCAGAGCCGGGUGCGACCGGGGUCUCUGUUCGACGAGGUCCGGAAGACCGCUCGGCUCAACCAGAGGCCGAGGAACGAGGAGAGCUCCAGCGAGGAGAGGUCUCCGUCCGCGGGGACAACGCGAUCCCCCAAGAAGUCUCGCUCCAGAGGCUGGUCCCGGUCCUCCAGCCGGUCCAGGAGCCGGUCCCGGAGCUCCAGCUACUCCUCCAGGAGCCGCAGCAGGAGUCGGAGGAGACGGAGAAGAGGGCGGUCGCGCUCUCGUAGCACCACAUAUCGAAGGAGUCACAGUCGUACGUACAGUCGAAGUCGUUCCAGAAGUCGCUCGCGUCAUCGCCGUCGGAGAUCAAGGUCAGACUCCUACGACAGCUAUUCCAGUCGGAGUCGCAGUGCGAGCAGGAGGCGAGGGCGCCGGAGGAGUCGUAGCUCCAGGAGCUCAGAGCGCCGGUCCCGGUCGUCCCGCUCCUCCAGCCGCAGCUCGUCCAGCAGCCGCUACAGCUGAGAGGAAACAAAAAAACCACACAGUCUGGACACAAAAAAAACAAUGACUGUAAUCCCAGAUCAGCAGAUACAGCUCAGAGAGGAAGAGUUGUAUUCCUUCUUGUUACAUGUUUAUAAUGGGACAGUCUUUGAGGAAAUGAAUGUAAAUAAGUAAACAGGCAGAUCUUCUUAUGAAGUGACUGUCAAAGCUGAGAAUAAGCUAUAAAAAAUGUUUUUAUGAGAAAAAUGUCCAUAUUUUAUACUGUAUAUUUUGUUUAUUCCUUUUUAACUUGUUUUUCUUACACUGAAAUGGAUCAUUAUUAUACUGUAAGUGUCUAAUCCGCUCAGUUCUGACGUGUUUGAGGAGUUAUAGGGUGAAGUUAUGCCUUAAAUUCAGAUUUUAAAAAGUUAUUGCUUUUUGUAGCAGUGUAAAGCUUUAUUCAAGCUGUGAUUUAUGUUCAUCUCAUUCUUUAUUAUUGUAUCAUGAAUGUUAAAAUCUGUACUCAAAGUAUAGUCUCUCUGAUUUGCAUUGUAUUCAAACAGUUAUGAAUGUUUAUGCUGAAUAAAUACCACAGCAUCUUAA